AUGAGGAGAAUAGCAUCAGUACGUGUUCUCUUCACACGCAGAUGUAUUUCAAGCAGUGUUUCCCCACUGACGCAGCCCUUGAACGUGCUUUUCUUUGGUAGUGAUGCCUUUAGUAAUUUUUCAUUGGAGGUACUCAACGAAUUGCGUCAAAGUAUUGGAAGCCCUGGUAUCAUUGAUAGAAUUCAGGUGGUUACAAGGUCGCCGAAAUGGUGUGGUAGACAGAAGUCCGUUUUAAAAUACCCGCCCAUCUUCGACAUGGCAAACAAGCUUCAACUGCCACGCCCAAUUACAUGCGACACCAAGCAGGAAAUGUUGGCGCUAAGCAAAUUGACAUCCAGCCGCCCAGAAGAUCCUGGGGGCAACAGCCCCGGCGGUCCGUUCAACGUGAUUAUCGCAGUUUCUUUUGGGAAGCUAAUUCCGGGUGACUUGAUCCGUGCGGUACCGCUGGCGCUUAACGUACACCCUUCGCUACUUCCCAGACAUAAAGGUAGCGCACCUAUUCAGCGAGCGCUGUUGGAAGGAGACUCCUAUACCGGUGUAACAAUACAGACUUUGCAUCCGGAACGGUUUGACCAUGGUGCUAUUGUGGCGCAGACACAGCCACUCGCUAUUGCAACGAUGUUAUCUGCGGGAAGGGUCGAUAACCCGACUGCAGAUUCAGAUUUUGACCGCCUGCCUCGAAGAACUGCCGCGUUGAUGGACCAGUUGGGCGCCUUUGGCGCCCAACUAUUGAGUCAAACGCUUCGUGAGAAGCUCUAUCUGCCGCAGAACCGUGUGCAAGUGCCAGCAAGUUACAAAGCCAGUUAUGCACACCGUAUAACAACGGAAGACAAGCGCAUUCACUGGACGCGCGAUUCUGCCGCCCAACUGCUUAACAAACUGGAAACGCUGGGUCCUCUGCACGCGUUCAAAGAAGCGACGGCGACAAAAAAAGGCGCUCAAACACCUGUGCUGAAACGAAUAUUGUUCCACGAAUGUACAGUGGCAAAGAGCACCAGGCCACACAAUAGUGGCAGACCAGGUGUGUUUGAGUACGACAAGGAAAAUGAUUGCCUCUUAGUAGCCUGUCAUGGCGACUUACUGCUAUACGUGAACCGUCUCCAGUUCGAAGGUUUCGCCGUAGAAGGUGCUGGACAAUUCAUGGCGCGCCUGCGGAAAAGAUGCGGUUAUCUGAGCGAAAACCUGAUUUUUAUGUAA